AUGCGCUGCGGUGCAGCCAAACUACCCUUAGCCACGCCCCCGCAGGCUGUGGCCACGCCCCGCACGCAGCUGGCUGAAUGUAGCGGCCAGAGGGACGCGCGUCUUCAAAACAAAGCAAAAGUCAAAGUGCUGAACAGGAACGUGAGCACAACAGUCCUGCAAGUCCUGCAAGGUCCAGACGGGUUCAUCCUCAAGUCCAUUCUCAGCUGCAAAAAGGAUGUGUGUGUUGAAGUCGCGCUCCUGGUUCUGGAGCCUGGAGCCCUGGCGCGGCUCCGGUCCGGUAGGAGCGCUGUGCGGACUGUUGCUCCCGGUUGUGACGCCUCUCUCAGCCCGGUCCCGGUUCAUCCUGGUGGAGCAGCUGCGCUCAGAGGACACGCACGGGACACGGACCGAGCUCUGACGGCCUCAUGCUGCAGUGACAGACCCGCGGUUCAAAUGGAUAAAAAUACCAGAAAGCUGCGGAACGAAGACAUAAACCCGUGUCUGGCGGAAACCGACGCCUCUCGCAUGUGUAUGGAUUAUCACAACUACGAGAGGGAGCGCUGUGCAGCAUACUUCCAGAACUACAAGAAUUGCCGGAAGUACUGGCACAACAUCAUGAUCCAGAGGAGGCGAGACGGGGUAAAACCAGACAUGCCGACAGCCGCUGAAAGGCAGGAGAUGCUGGCCGCCUUGGGACAGAAGCCUUACUGA